AUCUCAAUUUCGACAUCUUCUCUCCAAUAUCCCAUCGACUGCCAAUUCCUCGCUCCCAGCUAUACACAGAACGAUCUUGAGCCUAACUAGACACUAUCGCAACAAUGGCAACUGUCCAAGACAGAAACGCUCCCCAACAGUCGGUGUACCCCCGAAGCCAUGUCGGUUUUGACAGCAUCACAUCGCAAAUUGAGCGCAAGCUCUUGAAGCGCGGUUUCCAAUUCAAUAUCAUCUGUGUUGGACAAACUGGGCUCGGAAAGUCAACUCUCAUCAACACCAUCUUCGCGUCGCACCUGAUCGACUCGAAGGGAAGACUCACUCCCGAUGAGCCAGUACGCACUACAACCGAGAUCCAGACUGUUUCCCACAUCAUUGAGGAGAACGGUGUCCGUCUGCGGUUGAACAUUGUCGAUACCCCUGGCUAUGGCGACCAAGUCAACAACGACAGAUGCUGGGACCCAAUUGUCAAAUAUAUCAAGGAUCAGCACUCAGCCUACCUCCGAAAGGAACUUACUGCCCAGAGAGAACGAUACAUCCAAGAUACCCGCAUCCACUGCUGCCUUUUCUUCAUCCAGCCCUCAGGCCACGCGCUGAAGCCAAUUGAUAUUGUUGUCUUGAAGAAGCUAUCGGAUGUUGUCAACGUUGUCCCAGUCAUUGCUAAGUCCGAUUCUCUGACACUCGAGGAGCGAAGUGCUUUCAAGGAGCGCAUAAAGGAGGAGUUUGCCUUCCACAACUUGAAGAUGUUCCCAUACGACAAUGAUGAAUUCGAUGAGGAAGAGCGUGCUUUGAAUGCUCAAAUUAAGAACAUUAUCCCAUUUGCAGUCGUUGGAUCAGAGAAAUCAAUCAUUGUUGGUGGCAAGCAAGUCCGUGGCCGCCAAAACCGAUGGGGAGUUAUAAACGUCGAGGACGAGACCCAUUGCGAAUUUGUCUAUCUCCGAAACUUCCUCACCCGCACCCAUCUCCAAGAUCUCAUCGAGACCACAUCUCAAAUCCACUACGAGACCUUCCGUGCCAAGCAAUUGCUGGCGCUUAAGGAGAGCAGUGCAGCUGGAGGACAUGCUGGCAGCCGACCGAUUAGUCCUUCAGCCGACCGUGAAUUGAGCAGAAAUUCUCAGAGAGUGACGAUGAACGGUUAUUAGGAUAGUAUGGAUGUGUGGCUGGUGUUUCGAAUGAGGGUGGUUGCUCAUGAUGG